AAAUGAGUUGAGACGUUGAGACGUGACUUGAACUUUCAGGAAAAGAUGAAAACAAUGUGAAGUGUAAAGUAUGUGAAAAUUGCGAGCCACAUGACGAUCAUAGGCUGGCAGCAGUUGUGAGACUGGAUCGGCGUGGCUGUGUUGUAUCAGUCUGGAGGGAGCGAAAGAUUUGAAACUGUGGUCUGCAGGCUACGGACUGCGGGCUACGGACUGUGAGAAGCCAGUACAGCCACGAGCCAUUUACUUAGUCCACAAAACAAAACAUGGACGCCGUCGGAAUAAAUACGUCCGAUUCACCACAAAACGAAGAGGAAGGCAUUGUGUCGACGGUGGAAAUUUGUCGUGUUUGCCUUCUGGGUAACUUGGUUAUGCGGGACUUGUUCUUAGAGAGCGAAGUUGUCUCUCUAUCGUCAAAAGCAAUGAGCUUUGCAAAUGUUAAGAUGUUACCUGGUGAUGGGUUGCCAGCGCGUGUAUGUUGCAUAUGCGCGGACAAACUCGAAUCUGCGUAUGAAUUUAAGCUACAGGUUGAACAGGCUGACACAGUUCUAAGAGAAAGAUUCGUUACUAUGAACAUGAAGGAAGAAUUGUUUUUCAACGAAGUCGAAGUACAUCUCGAUGCAGAAGAAAGAAACGAAGGCAUCGAAGAGAUGCACAUAGAGAAUCAUUAUGAAACCACAGUGGAGUCAUUGGAAACUAUCUCAGGUGAUGAAAAGGCGUCCUUUCUUAAGGAUCAGUUGGCUUUGUUGCAAGAGGAAAAGUUAACCGGAGAGGAGCAGACUAUAAGUGAACAGCAUGACAGCUCUAUAAUGGAUGUAGCGAUCACGUCGGAACAGAUGUUGGAUGACUGUUCCAAUCAAGACACAGAGAACAUUAAAAUAGUCAGUGUUAUGAGCCAGAACGAAAGGAUGUUGAAACAUGAGCCUAAUGAAAACUGCAUUGAGAGUAUUUCGACAGUAGAGCAUGAUUAUAUAUUGCACCAGGAAUGUAUAUUAACAAAUGACAGUCAAGAAACACCACAACAGCAAGAAGACCACCACCAGCAGCAGGAGGAGCAGCAGCAACAGCAGGAGGAGCAGCAGCACCAGCAGCAGGAAGAAGAAGAACAACAACAACUGCUUUCGGACGAAUCGUUUUCGCGCGAUGACUGCGUUGAGUACGUGAAUUUGUUAGUGAAAGCGACCGAUACGACCCACCAAGAGGACGGAGACGAGAAUGAGAACAAACCGGAGAAAUCGAAUGAAACGAAUACGAAUGUUAAGGUUGAACAAAGUUCUCAGUGUUGUCAAAGCGAGACGAGAAGAAGCAAACGUAAAUCGGUACGACGGAACAUUGAUCCGAUGCGAGAUUCCGAUGAGGAGAAUUAUUUCGAAAAUCUGAAUUUAAGUUCGCGACUAAAGAGGACCGAAGUCUUCGAUAAAUCGGAAAAGGUCUUCUUCAUGUGCUACCUUUGCGAUAAGGAAUUUUUAUCGAAGAACGUCUUACGGGAACAUAUGCACUCUCACGAGGAAGUUCGAAAGGCGUUGUCUUUAAAAAAAUCCCUGGAUAAACCGGAGAAAAGUGUCUGCAGUAUUGCCAAGACACCACCGUCUGGUAAAAGGUCAAAUAAAUGUCCUUAUUGCGGUAAACAAUACAUAUAUAUAAUUUCGUUCAGCAAACACUUGAAGAAGCACGAAAAGGAGAAAGAAGAGGCAAACGAGGAACCGAUGCCGUUAGAAAUUUCGUUUCACGAAGAUGAACACAGUUUGGAUCUGGAAGAUUACGCGGAUAAAGCGGAUAUGAAUACGGAAUAUCUAGAGAAAGGCCGGAGGACGGACGCAACAAGCGAAACAAGGUUAGAGGAAGAGGAACAGGGGCUAGUGGAGGCGGAGGAAAAUGAGCAAGAGAUUGGGGAAGAAGAGGAAGAGAAAGAUGGAGCAGAGGAUUACGGAGAAGAUGAACAGAGAAGAGAAACGAGCAGAGGAGGUAAAGAACGAAACGAUAGUCUCAACGAAAGCGACGAACGAAAGAAGCGUGACAUUCGGACCGACACAUUUCCGUGUGACAAAUGUUUAGAGAAAUUUUCGACUAGACGCGGUUUACGGAAACAUGCGGUAUCGCAUGUCGUUCUUAGAUGUAGCGUGUGCGAAGAAGAGUUUGACUCGUUGGUAAGAUUGAGGAAUCAUCGAGCGAAACAUGUUGUCGAAGGUGUACUGUCCGAACAGGAUCUGGAAACGGAUGCGGAGUUCUUGAUUAACAAAGACACGGAUGGUUAUGAUACCGGGAAUAAAGAGGGAGGAGAAGGAAAUCACGAAGGAGGAAGGAGAAAGGAGAAGGAAGGAGAGGAAGAGGAAGGAGAACGCGAUGCAGAGGAAAUGUCCCGGAUAGAGAAUGUGUCGAAGAGAAACAUCAGAAACACGGAGACGCAUUCGGGGAUCGACUUCAAUUGCAAGGUGUGCUGUCAGCGAUUUUCGAGAAUGGAUUUGUUGCAGAGGCAUACGGAGCAACACGAACGCGUUAAAUCCUACAAAUGUACAGAAUGUAAUAAGAUGUUCGGCAACGAACUUACAUUGCGAAACCAUCUUAUAGCUACGAAUCACAAAACCUACAUCCACGGACAAGAAUACGAUCCUAACAAGCGUAUCAAACGAGUCGCUGCGAAAGCAGCGCAGAAAAUCAUCGAUAAAAUUAAAACGGAAGACGGCUUAGAAGAUUACGACGAUGAAGAGGAGGCCGAUGACAAAGUGAUCGACCGGCAUUCCACGGACGGGAGUUACGGUAGAAAUAAGCGAGAGACGUCGUCGCAAAAGAGACACCACGGCUGCAAGAAAGAACUGGAAUGCGUGAGUUGCAGUAAAAAGUGUAACUCGAAGCAGUCGCUGACGAAACAUAUGGAGCAACACGUCAAAGAGGAGAAAAUCGUAAAAUCGGAAAGGCAAAAGCAAGCCGGAGAGAAGAAAGAACGGCCGAGGAGUUGCGUUAACGAAGGACACGAAUUGAACGCGGUUAACAAAUAUGACGAUUACGAUUCAGAUUUCGAAAGCGGCUUAGAUUGGCCAAUGGACAAUCACGAAUGUUCAAAGUGUAAGAAACGCUACAGCACGAAAAAGUCAUUGCUUCGGCAUCAGUUGUUGCACGAAGAACCGAAUUUCGAGUGCGACAUAUGUAACGUGAAAUUCUAUCGUAAGGACAAGCUGAAAGCUCACUACGACAAGUGUUCGGAGAAAAACCCAGAUCAAGUAAGGAAAUGCAACAUCUGCGGAGACAGCUUCGAGAAUAACGAUAUACUACGGGAGCAUAGAUCGAAACACGUCACCGAAGGUAUUCUCACCGAAGAAGAUUUGAGGGAUAUCGAGCCACGGCCGGAAGAGAAGAAGAUAGGCGAGAAGAUCGGUAGGAAAAGGAGGCCCGAUAUAGUGGGUUUGGAAUGUACCGAGUGCAAUAAGCAGUAUACCUCGAGGAAAGGUCUUUUGCGUCAUAUUCAAGUCCACGAAGGGAAGAAGUACCUUUGCGACAUAUGCCCGAAGAAAUUCUACAGAAGGGAGCAUUUGAAGAUACACGUGGCAAAGCACAACAUGAUAAAACCGUACAAGUGUACGCGCUGCACGAAACGCUUCAUCAAAGAGGAACAACUGACGAAUCAUUUGUCGAAGCAUGAUCGAACCUUUAAGAAAAAUAAAGAAACUGACAGCUCCAAGAGAUUCCUUUGCGAAAUCUGCUCGAAAAGUUUCACUCAGUCAACGACGUUGAUCGCGCAUCUCAGGGCACACAACGGCAUUAAACCGUACGUUUGCGAGGUUUGUUCGCGACCGUUCACGACGAACGCUUAUCUGAAGAUGCACAUGAGAACGCAUACACAAGAGCGACCGUACAUUUGUCAGUAUUGUUCGCGCGCGUUUGCCAGAGCCGACACGCUCGCCAAUCACUUAACUUCGCACACAGGCGAGGCGAAGUAUCAUUGCAAAUACUGCCCGAAAAACUUUCGUCGCCUCAAAUCCCUUAAGGAGCACGUGUUUAUUCACACCGGUCAGAGACCGUACGCCUGCCCGACCUGCGAUCGUCGUUUCAAUAACAACGGAAGUCGGUACGCCCACAGCAAGAGGUGCAAACAGAAUUUCGUUCAGAAUCAGAAUCGUGGCCAGGCUUUAACGCAAGUGCAAUCAUCGCAGAAUCAGCAAAGGGUGUUGCAGCAGCAAACCGUUCUUAGUCAGGGUCAGGUGUUGAAAUCACAGAAUAUUAAAACCAUCACGAUCACUAGACAAACGGAACCGAUUACCGGCCAACAAGUUACGCAACAUCAAGAAAUAAUAAUGCCACUGAUCUUUCCUCUAACUGUCACGGUCGCGGAUAUUAGCGAAGAGGUUAUAUUACCGGAGGGGACAAAGUUAUUUACGACAACUUAAGUCGCGCGUAUGCAACUUCAACGUACGUUUUCAAAUGACUUUCACUUAUCUCUCUGUAUAACGGCUGAAAGCCUAACAGGGAUAAUCGUCCGUCGAUUCGGUUUUCUCUCUUUGUUAACACUAUAUUGGUUCUAUAUUUCUCUUGUUACGGCGAUUAAGAGAGAAACGGUAGUAAACGAAGAGACGCGAGAAUGGGACAAGCGACGAAAUUGCGAGGACGUCCGAGAUGAUCUUUUUAAUUUUGUAUUAUACGUUGUAUAUCCCUGUUUAUAUUUAAAUGAGAGACGAACCGUAGAAUAUACAUAUAGGGAUGAUGCGGUAAAGUGGUUGUGAAAGGGUAACAAAGAUUAGAAGGGGAGGCAGGUAGGCAGAGAGUUUGAAUAGGAACUGUUGUUUUCGCGUAUUUUUUAACGAGUAUAAGAUUGUUUUGUUCACACCAAUUAUCGUAUUUUUGUGACACGUCCCCCGUCUGUAUUCCUGAACCGUUUAACGUCCUUUGUGGCUCUUAUAAAGUUCUGACCAAUCACAAGGAACGAAUUAACAUUUUAUGGAAGUACGUAGUAACAUAUUACAUACCAUACAUAUAUAGACGCGCGCGAGCGUGUACGUUUGCACGAAUAAUAAAUCGUACAAAACUGGUACAGGACCUUCGUAGGAAUUUAUGACGUCUUUCCACUUUUCUUUCUCUUUAGUUCUAAGUAUCUUUCACCGGAGACGUUUCGAGGAUCUGGCAAAUUUUAUGACAUGACUCUACAGAUGUUCACAUUGAUUGAGGAUGGUUGUACUAACAAUAAGUGUUUAUGACGAUGAUUAUUGCUAAAAACAUUGGACAAUCCUCCCCUAUACUUGUAGGAAGAGCCGCCUCCCAAAAACGAUGGAAAUUCGCUAGCAAUGCCACAUCUGUUGUUUCUUAAUCGUACGUUGAAUAGUUCAUCAUAAUUUUAUCAUAACGCAUAACUUUAUAAUGUAUAUACCGAUUGAUUUUUAAGAGAAUCAUUAUCCAAAGAUUGUAUUAUAAAUUUC